CUUAGCGAGUUUCGAAACCCUUACAUGAAGGCUCUUUGUUGAAGCAAACCCCCCUGGAUUCGAUGUUGAGAUCGAUGGCCGAACAUUAGUCUUGCCUCUGAAAUCGCCCCUCAAAAAAAGCAAAAUCGAUCAUGUAACACAAACUAUGGACGCCAUCGUAGCUGCUGCGUUGAACGAAAUAUCUGCCCGGGGAGAGCAGGGGUGUUUGUUGCAGCAUCUAUGGAGUGGCCUUCAGAUAGCCGCAGCUUCUGCAGGUUUACAUUUAUGCGAUGGAGUGAAGCAGAUGAUAUGGCAGGCUCUUCUGAAGGUCCCAGGGCUUAGCUUUGGAGCUCCGGGAUCGUCAAUGGACCGUAUAUUUCCUAAUUCGCACCCGUCCAUACAGUCCGUGGAGAGCGCAGAGCGGCUUGGCCUUAACAUUGUGGCGCCUGAGCAUUUGAGAGAUAGCUGCGUUGGCCUCUACGAUUUGAAGUUCUCGGACGCUGGUCUUUCUGCCGAUCAGAGAUUCGCUCUGGAGCGAUUGGCCACAGCUAGAACACAGGGAGUUACACAGAAUCAGCUGGCUAAAGAAUUUGGAAUAAAAGGGAAUAAAUUGUUUUAUAUUGUAAGGAGCCUUGAGUCUCGAGGUUUGCUGGUAAGACAGUCAACUCUGGUACGUACAAAAGGAGGUGGUUCUGAAGCUGAAAAUGGGUUCAAAGGCAACUCUAUUGUUAAUACCAACUUAAUUCAUUUAUCUCGUUAUGCAAAACAUCUAAAUUUAAGCUCUCAACAACGGUUUGAGAUCAGAAAAUCCAGUGCUUCAGAAUUUAUUGAAGAUAGAAAUAUGCCUUCUGGAAUGGAAGGCAUUGGACAAGGGGGUAGAGAAGACCUCCUUAUUAAGGAUGAUCUUCCAGCAAUGAAAUCUGUAUGUGACAAACUAGAGGAAUCAGAUGGCAAGGUUCUUGUGGUUUCAGAUUUGAAAGUGAGUCUUGGAUAUCGCAUGACCGUAGGGCAUCGAGCAUGGCGCAGAAUAUCAAAAAGGUUGAUUGCAGCUGGACUUGUUGAACUUUUCCAGGCUCGUAUUGAUAAAAAGGUGGUGCAAUGCAUUCGUCUCUUGAAGAGUUUUGAUGCUAAAGCUUUUCAUCCAAAACUUGCCAAUAGUGGGAAUGAUGAUUGUGAGCUAGAAUCUAUAAGGAAAGCAAAACGUGGCCAAGCAACUGAACAGCUUGUGGAAAUUCCUAUUGAUCAUCAAAUUUAUGAUCUGAUUGAAAGUGAGGGGUCCAAAGGAUUGACUGUCACAGAGAUGUGGAAAAGGCUUGGGCUUAAUUAUAAGAGGAAUUAUUACCGACUUACCAAUAUGGUCUCAAGGUUUGGUUUACACUUACAAGCAGAAAGUCACAAAAGAUCAAUGCAUUAUCGUGUGUGGACAUCAAACAAUCUUAAUUCCUAUGAGAAUGACUGUCCAGCCAACAGCAAACAAAAUGUCUCAGAAGAAGCACAUGGAUCUGAACUUGCUCUUGUUGAUGGGGAAGAAAGGCUAAUUAGUGGUUCAUACAAUCCCAUUUCAGAAACACAUUUCAAUUCUACGAGGAAAAGUCAUAAACAAGAAGAAGCCGUUUCUCAGUGUGGAAGGUUGAAAAUAAAAAUAAAACAGAGAAAAUCAGAAUUACAAAAAGGAGGUUGUAACCUUUCUGAUAAUUGUCAAGCAUUAGUCUGUGCUGAGACCACCAUAAAACAGUUAGAUCCUGAUGGCCACAUGUAUGGAGGAGAAGAGAACAUUUUCCCAAAAACUUCAAGGACACAAAAUUUGCAAUUUGAUGAAAAAGUUCAUAUGGCUCAACCUAUUAAUUCUACCACUCCAAUGCUGCGAGCAGGUCAAAGAUAUCCCUGUCUUACAGUAACAACUGUGAGUGCUCAAAGAGAACAACGAAUACUGGAGAGAUUACAUGUGGAAAAGUUUAUUUUAAGGGUUGAGCUAUACAGGUGGCUUGAAGAUCUUGAAAAAGGAAAAAGUACAACUAUGGACAGGAAGACAUUGACACGUGCUCUACAAAGACUUCAAAAUGAGGGUCACUGUAAGUCUAUAUUAGUUAGUGUACCUGUUGUAACCAACUGUGGCCGGAGUCGAACAACUGAAGUGGUCUUGCAUCCAUCUGUUGAAGUAGGACCAGAACUUAUGGGGCAAAUUCAUGAAAAAUUAAGAAAUUUUGAAAUGCAAAGUCGUGGACAGGGAUUAGCUAGGUCUAAGAAUGAUGAUUCUGUACCUAUUCUAAGUGGAAUAAAGAGGACAUCUCACUCUGAACCUUCAGAUUUUCAAUCAGUUAGAGCAGAGUCCAUGCGUGCCAAUGGUUUUAUUCCUGCAAAGAUGGUUCGUAUUAAACUGUUACAUCAAUAUUUGUGGUCUUAUGUGAGCAGUUUACCAGACUGGGAUGCUGCAUUAUCUUCUGGCAAACAUGGAUAUGAUGUCAAGAAUCCAAAUAGCACAUGUAAAUUAUUUUCUUUGGAUGGUGCCAUUAAAGCAAUGCCACUGGAAUUGUUUAUGCAAGUAAUUGGAUCUGUGAAGAAAAUUGGAGAUUUGGCCGAAAAUUGCAGGCUUGGACUUUGCUUAUGUGACCUCCCUGAGGAGGAAUUUAAAUCUCUUAUGGAUACACAUGCAACUGGACGUCUCUCUUGGCUCAUUGAUGUGAUAAGGCGAUUAAAGUUGCUUCGGCUUGUGAUGGUCAAGGGACAUGAGGAAGACGAUGGCGAUGCAGUCCCCCAGGCUGUUCUAACAUAUGCUAUGGAACUCAAACCUUACAUUGAAGAGCCUGUACCUCGUGCGGUUCCGUCAUUGACUGCGAAUGUCUUCGACCUUAGACCAAGGGUGCGACAUGACUUUGUCCUCUCCAGCAGGGAUGCAUUGGAUGCAUACUGGAAAACUCUCGAAUAUUGCUUUUGCGCUGCAGAUCCAACUAUUGCAGCUCGUGCUUUUCCUGGAUCUAGUGUACCUGAGAUUUUCUUACAGCGUUCUUGGACAUCAGUUCGGGUUAUGACCGUUGAUCAGCGAACAGAGUUGCUGAAGCGUGUUGCAAAUGAUGAUCUUGAGAAGCGCAUGUCAUUCAAGGAAUGUGUUAAGAUUUCCAAGGAUCUAAAUCUUACUUUGGAACAGGUGCUCAGGGUAUCUUAUGAGAAGAACAGAAAAGCUCGUCUUGUGGCAUUGCAGAGAGAAGCUAUGAAUCCUUCUGAUCUAGAUGAUAAAAUGCAAAUACGCAUUAAAACUCAGCGACAUAGUCCAAAGAGAAAGAGGUCUUCUCUAGAGGAGUUUUCAGAAUAUGAAAACCUAGAUAUCCAAUUUAAAAGGCCAUCUCUUCAGAGGGAAAGUCACCCUUAUGAAGGAACUGACAAAAAAGGUGACCUCUAUGAUGGUACUCAUGUUGACGAAGGGCAUAAUGAACACAAAAAAGAACUCUGUGAAGGCAAUGAUGGAGGUGGGGAAGAUCAAGAUGAUCUUGAUGAUGAAGAUGCUAAUGAUGACAUAUUUAUUAAUCACAUAAGUUCUCUGUCUAGGCUGAAGCCUACACGGAAGAGACGUUUUCCCUGGACCGAUAGUUUAGAAAGGUCAUUGAUUACUAGCUAUGCAAGAUACAGAACACCACUUGGGGCUCGAUUUCAUCGAGUUGAUUGGGUUUCAGUACCUGGUUUGCCUGCUCCCCCAGAAACUUGCCGAAGAAGAAUUGCUUCUUUCAAACAUGAGCCGACUGUGAGGAAAGCACUAAUGCAUCUCUGUAAUUUGCUUACUGCACGAUAUUCUAAGCAUCUCCAACAAAUGGAUGGAGAUCUAAUUGUAGAUGAUGCUGAUAUAGGAAAUUUAGAAGGCCCCAGCCAACUCUACCCAUUGUGGGAUGAUUUUGAAGAACCAAGCAUUGCAGCUGCAGUUGAUGAGGUUAUGAGAUGCAAAUGCAUGGCCAAGCUAAGUGCAGUUAAAAAGAAUGGAGUCUCUUCCACAUUUGUGGCAAAUUGGUCCGAGUCUACUCCAUCUGAUAAAUUUACCUCCAAUGAUUCUGUGAAUAAUGGUUCGGGUCCAGCUUAUGUCAGUGAAUACCCAUAUUCUUCUUCAGAGCAUGCCUCUAAAGUAUCCUCUUCAUCUACAUGUGCUUUAGCAGACUUUGGUGUUCCCACUUCUGCUAGCUCAAUGAGUUGUGUUGUGGUGUCUGGCUCUGCUGAUACUAAUCCAUCUGGUCGGAUAAAUAUUGGAGGAGGCAGAACAAGGACAAAUCGUCGUCGCUUGCCAAAGAAAGUUCAGAAGUUAUUGGAGAAUGAGGAUUUCAGUACUGAAAAGCUAGUGCACAAGUCUGUUGCAGUGGCAAAUGCUGUUGAACUCAUCAAGCUUGUUUUCCUCAAUUCCUCAACAAACACUGAGGUUCCCCAAGUGUUAGUGAAUACUCUUCGCCAGUAUAGUGAAUUUGAUGUCUUUGCGGCCUUCAAUUUUCUCAGAGCACAUGGGCUUGUGGUUGUAGGUCAUGGUGUUCAGCCGUUUGUGCUUUCUCCCAAGUUUUUUCAUAAUGCAUCUGCAUCUCCCUUUCCUAUUGGUACAGGGGAAAAAGCUUCCAAGUUUGCAAAAUGGUUAACUAGGGUUCAAAAAGAGCUUGAAGAGGAUUGGAUAAGCCUUCCUUCUGAACUGAACUGUGGUGAUCUUUUUCAUCUUUUUGGUCUAGUAUCUUCUGGAGACAUCCUUAUUGCACCUAAUCUGCCUAAUGAAGGGAUCGGGGAUGCUGAUGAUCCCAGGGGCUUGAAGCGUAAGAUUGAUAAAGAGAAAGUCAAUCGAGACCCGCAGUCUGCAAAACGAAAGCUCCCGUGGCCAAGAGAAGGGGAACUUUGUACACGUCGGGAAAGGGGGUUUCCUGGGAUUCAAGUGAAUGUGCAUCGGGCAACAAUUCCCAUGGCUGAAAUUUUCACUAGGGACGUGAAUGAUAAGAACCAGCUGGAAGAUGAUGCAGUUGGAUGUUCUGGUCAAUCUGAUUUAGAUGCUGAUUUGAGUUCAGUCACUGUAAAUCGUGACCUUUUUCCAAACUAUAAUUGUGAUCAUCUAGAAGGCCCAAACACACAGAGCAUAGAAUCUCACAAACAUCUAUUGGAAGCUCUGGUUAGUUUUGCAGAGGAGAUUUUCUCUUUGAGAACAAUGCAGGAAGAACCUUCCUUUUUUCAACCCCAGUGGUUUGAGUCAGCUUUGGAUGCCAUUGAGAAGGCUGGUGAUGAAGGGUUGAGUUUGGAACAAGUCGCACAUUCUAUUGGAUUAGAUGAACAUCAUAUGGUACAGACAGAUGCAAUUGUCGAGGCACUGCAGUCCUUCAACCAAGUUAUAAAGGUCAAUGCAUUUGAUCAUGUCCGUGCCUUUACACAUCCUCAUGGUUCAAAGUAUUCUCUUCUUGUGUUCCCUGAAAAUCAUGAAGAUACUAAGACAGCUGAUGCCAGACAUCACAAAGCAGUAACAGGCAUACUGAAGACAACCCAGGAUAUCCAAAAGAUGUAUACACAAGAAAAUGAGGGAUUUUGUAGACCUUCUAUUAUUCCCUCCAUUAGCUUAGGUCGACAUAAGGACAGGAGUGUAACUGUGGGUGAUGGACAUCUAGUAACGAUACUAGAAAUGCCAGAAAUGGACAAGACAGAUCCAGCCAUCUGUAAGCAAUGUGAUCCUCUGGGAGUAGUGUCUACUGGAAAUACAGAGAAAAAUGAGGAACAGCUAGAAACUGUUUCAAAUUGUCCUGCUGUUCAAAAUUUUAACUUGGAGCAGGAGACAACACAAAGCGAACAGGAUUUGCCUGUAAAUGCUCAAAGCCAGUUUCUACCUAUCUUGCCUUGGCUAGGAGCAGAUGGCGAAACGAAUACAGUUAUGCUGAAAGCAUUAACACGGCGAGCCUUGGGCAUUGUUAUGCAACAUCCUGGAAUUUUGGAGGAUGAUCUUAUUAAGCAAUUGGACAUUUUGAAUCCACAGAGUGCCAGAAAGUUGCUACAGUUACUUGAGUUGGAUAACCAUCUUCAUCUGAGGGAAAUGUGCGAGUCAAAGAGAACUCCACCGAACAUAUUGAAAAGUCUAAUUGGACCAAAUUUUAAGAAGCGAAAACAAGUAUGGAGAAAACAUUACUAUGCCAAUCCAAUGAGUACGGCAAUCUUAUAAUAUGUAGCCUCGGGAGGCUCUUCUCAAUUCCCUGCCUUAAAGGUUAACCUUCUCUUAGGUGGAGAUAAUUUUUAACUGGAGGGUAGUCGUUUGUCUGUUUAUGAAUUUCAGCAAGCAAUAUGCUAUCAACACUUGAGUACGAAGAUAGAAGUUGUCUUGAAUGCUCUUGAUGGAUUCACGCAAACAACUACCAUAUGACUAAUGCGAAAAUAGCUUUCACUUGAAGCAUUUGGGCUACAUUUUAUGUAAUUGAAUGCAGUCUGCACCUUUAUUGGCCCUAAUCAUAUUUGUAAACAAAGGCACACUUAAUGCUCAUUCACUCUAUGGAGGGAGAUCUAGCUUCCUCUUGGAACUGUGAUUGUCUUUGGGCUGGCUGGCCUUAUGCAUAUAACAUAUUUUUAGAAGAGAAAUUCAACAGUUGGAGCUGCCAUGUGUUUUACUUCCAUGUGCUACUCUUGGAUCGGUUGAAUAUUUUGCUUCUAUGUACCUUAUUGUUCAGAAAUUAUGAUUCUUUUCAUAUUUGAGGGAACCAAUGGUGGAAAGCUAACAAUGAUGUCAAGAUUGAUCUGAGAGGAUUCUUACGAGCUCUGUUAUUUGAGAGAUGAGUUCAGCAUGUAUAUAAUCACAGCAUGAUUAUAUCUGGUGUAUAAUCACAGCAAAAUGAAGGUGCCAUUUUUUGUAUUUUUAAA